AUGGCGUCCGCAAGUCGACCCCUAGCUACCGCACAAGACGACGAAUACUUCCCGUCUUUCCUCACGGCGCUUCAGUCCACGCCCAAGGCCGACAAGUCCAAGGAGAGCGUCCCCCGCACCCGAUCCGAGACGGAUGUGCUGUCUUCCAAGGCCAAGCCGCGCCUAACCUUCGCCGAGAGCCUGUCCAUGAACCGCACCAAGCAGCAGGGCGUGGAGGUGCCCGAGGAUUCCCCGUUCAGCUUCGGUGGCAGCUACCAGGACAGCCUCGGCGCUCGCAGGCGCAAGGGUGGCCCCUCUCAGGACGCCGCUAACGGCAGCAACGCUCAGGACGAGGACGUGCCGCCCCCACCGACGAUGUCGCUGCUGGACCCCGUGGGCUUUGCGGCCGGAUCACACAGCGUGGACGACGACGAGGCGGCAGCGGCUGCACGACGCAGUGCUGCCGCAGCGAGGGCCUCGUACUACCCGAACGCGCACAGUGACGAGUGGGGCCAAGACAAGCAGUACUGGGUCACCGUGUUUGGGUUCCAGUCGAGCGCCAAAUCCUUCAUCCUGCACCAGUUCCAGUCGGUCGGCGAGGUCGUCAACUAUUCGAGCAGCAGCGGCGGCAACUGGCUGCACCUGCGCUACCACACGAGACUACAGGCCGAGAAGGCGCUAAGCUACGACGGACGCACGCUCGCGAACAACAUCAUGAUCGGCGUCAAGAAGUGCUACCCGUUCGACCGGGACGCGAACGCGCUCGAUGAGACGCCUGUAUCUAGCUACUUUGGCGCGCAGGCGCGCCAGAGCUUGGGCUCUCGUGACCUGGAGGUGGAUCCCACGGACGUGGAUAUUAUGCUUCCCCCGCGCCGCCGACAGGACAUUUGCUCGCGGCUUCUGAGCUAUCUAUUUAACUGGUGACACAGUUGUCAUUUCGCAUUGAGAAGUGGUGCAGCACAGAUGCAAUUGUGGAGUAGACACGGUGGACUGAUAGGCACACAGGACAGCGAAAACAGGACCAACAGUAUGGACGGCAGUGCGUUCGAAGAGGACUCGGUGGAGGACGUACGCAAGCAGUCUGCAUGUAUGUAGACAAGCAUCAUUGUGUCGGGGGAAACUCGCAGUCCCG